AUGCUCGUGCGGCGGGCGCCUCCUCUCUGGGCUGACUGCAGGGCGCUGGUUCCCGAGCUGCCGCCCGCGGGCGCCGCCAGAGGCGCUGGCGCCCGCCUGUGGGGCAUUGGGCGCCGGCCUGCCAGGUCCGCGUCGGCCUGCCCGGCCGCUGGCCGCCUCCGCGGGGCUUGCUGGCUGGGACGCCCCAGGGGGUGGCUGGAGGCGGCGCCGAUGGCCCCAGCCGGGGGCGGCGCGGUGCCCUCGGCCGCGGGACGGGGCGCGGCGGCGGCCGCCGCGGCGGCGCUGGCGCUGGGCCUGGGCUGGCGCCCCGGCGCUGGGCACGGCGUGCUGCUGGAGGAGGCGCCGAAGGUGGCGGUGCCCGCGUCGCCGGCUGUUGAGCCCAGGGCCGAGCCCAAGGCAGAGCCCAAGGCUGAGCCAAAGGCCGAGCCCAAGCAGCAGCCCGCGACGCAGGAGCCGGCCAGGCCUGCGCCGCCCAAGCCAGAGCAGCCAAGGACCGGCGCCGCGGCGAAGCGCGGCGGACCGAGCAUCAGCUGCGACCAGGAGAUGUUGAGGCUACGGCGCAUCUUCAUGACUGGCGACAUCAAUGACGACAGCGCCAAGGUGAUCAUCCAGCAGCUGCUCUUCUUAGAAUCCGACGACCCCCACGCGCCGGUUACAAUAUUCAUAAACUCCGGCGGGGGCGUGGUUCACAGUGGCCUUGCCAUACUGGACAUUAUGUCUCACGUCUCGAUGCCGGUGAGGACGGUCGCGCCGCCUGCUUAG